AUGUCAACGACGACACCCACAUUCACAAUCGGAAAAUUGAUCAUAUCGGUCGUGAAUCUCAUCACCCUCAUAGGGCCGUUUCUGGCUGACUGGAACGAAACACACAUCUACAACCCCAACUGGCCACCCCACGCACGCUACCACAAUGGGCAAACAAUGUCCAUAGGCCUCUUCAUCGGCCUAAUAACCUUCUACAUCAUCUACUUCCUCAUCCCAUCUACUCCGUCGCCGAAAGAGCAGAAGCUGCACGUUACGUGGGUGCUGGUGCUGCAGAAUUUGGUCUAUCUGAGUAGUCUGACGGGUAUCUUGUAUCCGGGCGCGGGCUGGAUGGAUCCCCAGUUUGGUGAUGGGAAGCCCCAGCUUUAUGCGUUUCCGGUGGUUGUAGGGCUGGCGUGGUUUGGGUGGUAUGUCGAGACGAGUAGAUUGGGGAGGGUUGCGGCAAAGAGAGUAUGA